GAUAUAUUGCGUUGUGUAUACGAAAACUCUACACCAGAGCAACUAGUAAAAUUUCGGUACACUAAAAAACAGCAAGACAAGACGUGGAAAACCAAAAAGUACCGUCGAAUCUUGCAAGAUCUCAAGGCCCAGGAUCCUGAUGUCGUUCAAGCUGAGCAAGCCCUUUCUCAACAGCCAAGCAGCACCGUAUCCGUAGAAGACUUUGGCCGCUUCCUUCAAGCCAGAUCUGAACAGUCUGCCGUUCUCAGUCGAUUCUAUGGACAUACCAUCACAAACCAUGAUAAUGGAUACCCCCUCUUUCGCAAGAUCCGUCUUUCAGCGUACUUCAACAAACAGCGUGCCGAUCAAAAGCUUAUUCAAGACUUACGCACCAAGUUUGGAGAAGACGCCGUGUUUGUGAUGGGAAACUGGUCCGCUCCCCAUGCUAGACUCCCCAAGGAACAUGGGUUACAAGUCUAUCUUAUAGACGAGUACAAGACCAGUAGGUACUGUCCAACAUGCCACAACGAGAGCCUCCACACGUUCCGUCGUGUUCCAAAUCCACGACCGUAUCAACGUGAGCGAUAUCCUACUGUUGUCUGCCAUGGCCUUUUAAGAUGUACCAAUCUAUACUGUAGACCCGCCAUGGCAGCUCCAGAUAGAUAUCGCUUAUGGAACAGGGAUGUUGCUGCUUGUCUCAACUACAUGCACAUCCUUCGUAAGCUUCGACGUAAUGGCAUGGUUCCUCAUGGGUUUCGCCGGGUUGCUGUUGCUCCUACAAGACGUCGAAGAAGAGUGGGCGAUCAGGAGCAACCAAGAACUAGAAUACGUUUAGACGAUGAUUCCCCGUCCUAG